UCACACUCUCCUAGUCACAGCCGCAGGUUCCUUCUUAUUGGUUUUUUUUUCUUGGAUUCAAGGAACUGGGAAAAGCUGCAGAAGAUGCAGUCUCUUGUGUUGGCUCUUUUUAAGCUCUUGUGAUUGCAAAGGAGGAGGAGGUGAAGGAGGAGGAGUGUGGAACAGGCAGCAGCAGCAGCAGCAAUAGCUUCAGUCCAUUAACACCAAGGAGACAACCAGGAGCUUCUGCUUGUUUGAGCCCUUUUUUAUUUGAAGACGGUGAGGACAAGGUGAAGAAAGAUCAGGGGCAUCCUUAGAGGAGGUGAUGCAGGGCAAAAAAACAAGGAGCUCAAGUGGAAGGAGCGGAGAUGUACAAGGAGAUGAAACACAGAGGAAAAAGAAGAAAAAGAAGGCAUCGUGCUUUUUAAACAUCAAGAUCUUCCUGGUGUCGGAGUGCGCAUUGAUGCUAGCGCAAGGCACUGUAGGAGCUUACCUGGUUAGCGUAUUGACAACCUUGGAACGAAGGUUUAACCUGCAAAGCACAGAUGUUGGAGUGAUUGCCAGCAGCUUUGAAAUUGGUAACCUUGCUCUUAUUCUGUUUGUGAGCUACUUUGGAGCCAGGGGACACAGACCUCGUUUAAUAGGGUGUGGAGGUAUAGUUAUGGCUCUUGGAGCUUUUUUGUCAGCGCUACCCGAAUUUCUGACUCACCAAUAUGAGUAUGAAUCAGGAGAUAUUCGAUGGGGAGCAGAAGGAAGAGACUUUUGUGCUGUUAAUGGUACUUCGAAUGCAGAAGCACCUGAUCCAGAUAUUAUCUGCAGGAAUACAGCUACCACCAAUAUGAUGUAUUUACUUCUGAUUGGAGCCCAAGUUCUUCUGGGAAUCGGAGCUACUCCUGUGCAACCACUUGGAGUUUCCUACAUUGAUGACCAUGUCAGACGGAAAGAUUCCUCUCUCUACAUAGGUAUCCUUUUUACCAUGCUCGUAUUUGGACCAGCCUGUGGCUUUAUCUUGGGUUCUUUCUGCACCAAAAUUUAUGUGGAUGCAUUGCUUGCAGAUACCAGCAAAUUGGAAAUCACUCCUGAGGAUCCACGAUGGAUUGGGGCGUGGUGGGCUGGGUUUCUUCUCUGCGGUGCCUUACUAUUCUUCUCAUCCCUGCUGAUGUUUGGAUUCCCACAGUCCCUUUCUUCACAUAUGGACCAUUCAGAGGAGAGUGAGCAGACCAUGCUCGCUGACAGAGAAUAUGAAAGAUCCAAACCUAGUAAUGGCACAUUAAGACAUUCCUCAGACCCGGGGGAUGGUGCCUCUUGCUUCCAACAGUUGAGAGUUAUUCCAAAAGUAACAAAGCACUUGCUCUCAAACCCUGUGUUCACAUGCAUCGUCCUCGCUGCCUGCAUGGAGAUAGCUGUGGUUGCUGGCUUUGCAGCUUUCCUGGGCAAAUAUCUAGAGCAGCAAUUUAACCUGACAACGUCAUCAGCCAACCAACUGCUAGGAAUGACGGCGAUACCAUGUGCUUGUUUAGGCAUUUUUCUUGGCGGACUUCUCGUGAAAAAGCUAAGCUUGUCUGCGAUUGGGGCUAUCAGAAUGGCCAUGUUAGUAAACCUGGUGUCCACUGCAUGCUAUGUAUCUUUCCUCUUCCUGGGCUGUGAUACAGGCCCUGUAGCUGGUGUAACAGUUCCCUAUGGAAACACUUCUUUGACAGGUUCGUCUUUGGACCAAUCUCAACCCUGCAAUAAUGGCUGUGAAUGUCAGAAUGACUCAUUCUCUCCCGUAUGUGGUGCUGAUGGAGUUACAUAUAUGUCUGCUUGCUUCGCUGGAUGUACAAAGACGAAUCUGGCUGGCUGUUUAUGUCUCACUUCUGUCCCCGUGGAGAAUACCACUGUGGUUCCUGGAAAAUGUCCCAGUCCUGGUUGUCAAGAGGCUUUUCUCACUUUUCUUUGUGUGAUGUGUGUCUGCAGCAUGAUUGGAGCCAUGGCACAAACACCAUCAGUUAUCAUCCUCAUCAGGGCUGUAAGUCCGGAACUAAAGUCGUACGCACUGGGAGUUCUUUUUCUUCUUCUACGCUUAAUAGGUUUUAUUCCUCCACCACUUAUCUUUGGAGCUGGAAUCGAUUCCACCUGCCUCUUCUGGAGCACCAUUUGCGGGGAGCAAGGAGCUUGUGCGCUGUAUGAUAAUGUUGCCUACAGAUACCUAUAUGUUAGCAUUGCUAUAACUCUUAAGUCCCUAGCUUUUAUCCUGUAUACAACCACCUGGCAAUGCUUAAGAAAAAACUAUAAAAGAUAUAUUAAAAACCAUGAGGGUGGGCUCAGUACAAGUGAGUUUUUUGCCUCUACGUUAACCUUAGAUAAUUUAGGACGAGACUCUUUGUCCCAGAACAAGACUCAAAGGACAAAAUUCAUCUAUAAUCUUGAAGAUCACGAAUGGUGUGAAAAUAUGGAAUCUGUUUUAUAGUAGAAGACAGGUGGACUUCGUUGUUCAUUGAAGAUACUUUAUUUUUGUCUUGUUUUUAAAUGAAAAAAAAACCAACAUUGCUUCUUUCAUAUUCGUCCUGAAAUGACUAUGGGAUGGUCUAACAGAAACAAAAGAGAUGACACUUUUAGAUUCUAAAGACCUCCAACAGCUGGUCUUCCUUCAAGGACGGCUUCUGCUUCGAAUACCAAGAAUUGUUUUGAUGCUUUUAAGUGCCAGAAGGAUGUGACACAAUGCUUUGGAACUUUGGUUGAUGUUGCUCUCCGAAGACUUUGUAGUUGACAGAAGUGGAUACUAAGUCAACCAAAGGCAUGAAUCUGGUAUAGACCAUAAUAAAGUGCAUUGCUUCAUACUGAUCCAUCCAACUACAACCCUUUUGCUGGGUAAUAGCUAAAGUACAAUAUAUAUUCUCUCAAACAUCAUCUGUGGCAUAGAUCGGAAUAGGAGCCCAAGAUUACUAAAAAAAAAAAAAGCUUUUCCCUUCAUAACAUUUAUUACAGUUACUCUAAUUAGAUUCUGGCUUCUUAUUCUGUAAAAAUGUUACGUGUACCCUUAGUCUUUAGGAAAAGUGAAAA